AUGACUUAUGUGCUUGUUGUGGUUGUUAGCUUCCAUCAGUACUUCCUGACAAUGGUAGACAGGGCGUACAACGUGCGUUGCUUCUACUCUCAACAGGACAAGACCGUAACCACCAGAUUGGAUGUCAGCAUGAUUCCUACGGAAUCACUGGAGGCAGCCACAAUGCUCAUGCCAAACUGCCAAUAUACCAUUAGAUCUGGCUCUCUGCAUGGACCUGUUGUGCAGUACACGAAAGUCGGCGACACGUUAGUCCAUCGCUGGGAAUGUGACAACCCGAACCUAGGCAUGCUGGUUAGGAAUUGCUUCGUGAACGACGGCUACACAAAGUCGAUUCGAAUCGUCGAUGCCACGGGGUGCCCUGUGUUCUCGCCGGUAAUUCUAGGGCCUUUACAGUACGACGCCAAUCUGAACUUAGCGUACGUCGAAACGAUGGCCUAUAAGUUCCACGACCGCGCUGACCUUUACUUUCAGUGUCAGAUACAGACGUGCAACAAGUUGGAAAAUGAGUGCAUUGGCAUUACGCCACCGUCGUGUCCGACAUCCGCUUAUCCCUACCCGGAUCCGCGACCGCAAACUUUCACCGAUGAUUCCGUGACGUACGUUCAUGGUACGUUCGAAAGACCUUACAUCUACCCACAGACUGAACCGUUCCGACCAAUUGAACCGUACCGUACAAUUGCACCGUACCGAACUAUCGAACCUUUCAGACCAGUCGAUCCGUAUAGACCGUUGGUGCCACAGAGACCGGUUGAACCUUAUAGGCCGAUAGAACCGCUGCGUCCUAUAGAUCCCUACAGACCAACGCCAACCAGUGUGUACAUACCACCGGCGACGCGUCUGUACGCACAACCGUACGGCUAUUCGGGCAUAUACGGCUCGCAGGCAGAUUUCGUCAAGGACGAGAAUAACAAAAGCAUUCCGGAGGACGCCAGCAUUGCAGGACCGAAAAACGAUGUGAAUAAUUCUCACCAGUCGCGAGUGGUGGCGCAGGAGAAGGUGCACAAGCGAGACGUUACAAAUGAUAUCGAGCUCUCGAAUCUGAAAAUGGACUCAGAGGAAAGACGAAAUGAUGAGUCACGGAGGAGCGAGAGAAGCGCCAAUCGUCUCGCUCCCGCUCUGACCAAGCACGGUCCUUCCGAUCACGCAAUGGUACUGAAUGUCAGCUCAGAGACUGUGUUCGUUGCCGACAUCGACGAUACCAUUAAUGAAUACGAUGACCCGUCAGAACAGCGAGAUCGCAUCAACCGAGUGUGUCUUAACCAAACGACCGUCGCUGUGAUGAUUAGUACUUUUGUGUCGCUGCUGCUCACGUUGAUUGCACUGAUGGCAGCGAUCCUGUGGAAAGGCAGAUACCUGUGCUCGAGAUUCUCGCCGUUGCCAAGCCUUGGCAGUGUGAAAUCUUACAUGGAAGGCCGGGGUCGCAUAAUGAUGAACUCGUGUUUUGUACCAGUGGUAAAUGAUAGAAAACAAAUGUCAUAA